GGAGAGUAUAUGUCCUGGGUGAUGAUGGACGAUGAUUGUUUCCUUCUUGGGUUCUGCGUUGAAUUAAACGCUAGCGGAAUACGAUAAUAAUGUCUGGUGUUCUAGGGGGCAGAGGCACAUACCGCCAUGCGGUAGUGAUUAUACUAGCGACCAUGACACCUUUUUCGGCAAUCAUAUUGCAUCCCACCACGCUGGUCCAGAGCAGCUAGAGGGUUACUUCGUUCGACUAAUCAGACGUCGACAGGGCUUAGCUCUUGGUAGGACCGUAGGAAGAUAUUGUGGUGUUGCUAUUAAUAUGAUAUCGAGUCCUCUUAUUUAAGGGAGAUCCAAAGUCGAUAUCAGUUUCUGUUAGACCUUCAUCGUGACUUCAGAAAAUACGGCGUCGCAUGUCGUGAUACCGAGCUUCGGGGACCCCUUUCUCGUCUCCAAACAUCUAAAUACCCCACCAAGCAAUUUGAGGUCGAUUCAACGAUGCCGAUUACAUUAUCGCCGAAACCGUCCACGACACGGCUAACGAGGACUUCGUUAGUGGCUUCGGCAAUCUCGAUUCUCCUCGCUACCACCAUCUUGGUAGUUUGGCUGGUGCUGCCUCGGGGACAAGUUACCAUAUGGAUGCAAGAUAUACAUUCAUGGUUGCUGUCUGAGUUCGAGGGACCUUAUACGCCCACCGAAGAUCUGUUGAUACUGAGCUCGGCGUUCAGCGUGGUGGUAUCAACACUUUUGGAAGUGCUUCUUCUAUUCGUGCUACGGAACAAGUUAAAGCGGACGAAGACAUGGCUUAGGUAUACGCUAUACACCAUACUCUUCGCAAACGCGGCUCUUGCUUUCACAGCUUUUCUCUAUGCCUCGGUCAGCACGACCAUUGGCGAAGCAUGUACCAACGUCACCGGCGAUGCCGUGAUAAACGAAUAUGGUCACCAGAGAGGAGUAAAUGCGCGGGCGUUGGAUCGCGUUGAACUUGAACAGAGCAGCUCGUACGGCGAAGGCCUUCUGUGUGGAAGGAGAAUGGUCUCCCGUUGGCUCAGUCUACUAAUCUCGUUCUUCUCCAUCAUCCUCCUAAUCUCAGCUUGGUUGGAUUUCCGGGAACAGGACCGGCGGGAAUCGAAGAUUUCACAACUUAGUGCGGGGCCGCUGAGUAAAAAGGGGGCUCUUCCAAGAGGUUUCGUCGAAAAUGUAGUAUAAGGUUCAUACCCAGAGGAAUAUCAGCAUUUAUUAAUGAAGCAUGAUCAAUCUCAACUUUGAUAUCCAAUACCAGAUCUAUGCCGCGUCGAAGCUGAUGAGAAUAGGCGUGGCGUAGUACUAAAUUGUUUGAGACGUUUUCUUCGAUUAUGUCCAGUUCGGGUAACAACAUAUCGAACAAAAAAUGGAUACCAACUGGUUUAGGACAAGCAAUUACAUGACGCAAUUUCUCAAUUGUAUAGGAUAAUGUGUUUCUAACCUUUCAGCUUGGUCACAUACGCUGUACUUCUUAUUUCUUACGUGACGUAAUUGUCUCACAUUCCGAACAGCUCUUUAUAGAAGCAAUUUUCUUGACAAGUCAUCACGAACUCAUCUCUCAC